AUGGGGUCGUUCGGGCGAUCAGAAGAUCUGCCGUCGGCGUCGGAGCCUUUCCUCGUCCUCGCACACCCGACCGACUCGGAGCUGAAGCGGAUCUGGACCAUGACCCAUGGACCGUGGGGCCCCGCACUGUCGCUGGACGAAUAUAUCGAGCGCGAGGCCUACCUGUACACCAUCCCCGGGUCCAAGGACGGCCUGCAGAGCAGCUGGAUCCUGACGGACGGCAGGUUGCCGCCAGACGCGCGGCCAAUCCUCUCGUCCUGUGACACGUACCGGAAGCAUGCCAUGGUGUCGUAUCCGCCGCCGGCACCGGGCCAGGCCGCGACAGCGGCCACCGACGUGGUGGCGCACGGAAUCGGGGCCGUGUUCACGGACCCCCAGUUCAGGGGCCAAGGCUACGCUAGCCGCAUGAUGAGGGAAGUGGGCGAGGCGCUGCGGAGCUACCAAGCUAGUGAGAAUCACAACGGACAGCUGGUGACAAACGGGGACGAGAAGGCGGCCCAGGCCGGGGCUCUCUUCUCAGUACUCUACUCGGACAUUGGCAAGAAGUUCUACAGCAAGCUGGGCUGGCUGCCCGCCGAGAGCACACACGUGACGUGGAUGCCCGCGCCCGAGGGAGCCGCCGACGACGACGCCGCCGCCGCCGCCGCCGCGCUAGACGAAGCCGUCCGGCCCCUGGGCCGCAGCGAGCUGGCGGAGCUCUGCGCCGCCGACGAGCGGCUGCUCCGGGCGCGCCUGGCCGAGACGGCGGGCCAGACGGGCAAGGCGGCCGUGGCGCUGACGCCGACGCACGACGCCAUGACGUGGCACCUGGACCGCGAGGACUUUAUGUGCUCGCGCGUCUUCCCGGACGGGCGCACGCCCGCGGCGGCGCUCUGGCGCGUGCGCGACGUGCAGCUGUGGAACCCGGCGGGCGCGGUGCGGCGGCUGGUGGAGGCGUGCGGGGUCCCGUGCGAGUGGGUGGCGCGCGAGGAGGACAGCAUCGCGAGCCUGAUGUGGUACGGCGAGGGGGGCGCGGGGAGGGCGGUGGAGUGGGUUGCCAACGACAAGUUUGCGUGGUGCUAG